AGUGCCUCAUCUGCAUCUUUCACACUUCCAUCUUCUCCUCUAAAACUGUUUGUCCCAUCACCGGAGAAAACGAUCUCGCUCAGUGCCUCAUUUGCGUCUUUCACGCUCCCAAUCUUCCAAAAAAAAAUAGUUAAUUAAGUCCUUCUCUUGUGCAAAGCACGUAUUGGAGGAGAUAAUGGCUCAAGGAAAUAGUGGUAGAUGGAGUCUUCAAGGAAUGACAGCUCUUGUCACCGGUGGAACCAAAGGAAUCGGACAUGCCAUCGUGGAGGAGUUGGCCGGACUCAGGGCAACCGUGCACACUUGCUCUCGAAACGAAGAUCACCUCAAUCAAUGCUUACAUGAAUGGAAGACAAAGGGUUUUCAAGUUACUGGUUCAGUUUGUGAUGUAAAGUCUCCAGUGGAACGGGAGAAUCUACUGAAAACUGUUUCAUCUGUGUUCAAUGGCAAACUAAACAUUCUAAUCAAUAAUGUGGGAACAGUCAUAACGAAACAGACUCAAAAUUUCACAGCCGAAGAUUUCUCAUUUCUUGUUGCUACGAAUCUUGAAUCUGCUUUCAGCAUCUGCCAACUCGCACAUCCGCUUCUAAAAGCCUCGGGUUCUGGAAGCAUCGUUUUCCUGUCUUCUGCUGCGGGGGUUGUAUCAAUGGACGUUGGAUCCAUUUAUGGAGCUACUAAAGAAGAUGUCCCACAAGUUCCUCUUGAAAAUGAAAGUGAACAACUUUGGACUGGAGUUGGUGGCAUUACAGGUUAUGGAAUUCCUUCAAAUGAGGAUCCUUAUAAUUAUGUACAAGAUCAUUAAUUUUGUUGUUUGUUUAUAAUUGUCACUUGACAGAAACAAUUGAAGAACUCUUGUGAUGAACCAUUAGGUAUCUGUUUCAUCAUUCAAUCUUUUUAACUUUUAUAAAUAGAAUGUGAUUUG